AACCCACACAGCAGUUAAAAUAGCACCACGAUACAGUGCGCCUGUAAUCCAUGUCCUGGAUGCAUCCAAGAGUGUGGUGGUGUGUUCUCAGCUGUUAGAUGAAAAUCUGAAAGAUGACUUCAUUGAAGAAAUACUAGAAGAGUAUGAAGACAUUAGACAGGAACACUAUGAGUCUAUCAAGGAGAGAAAAUACUUAUCCCUAAGUCAAGCCAGAAAAAAUGGUUUCCACAUUGAUUGGCUGUCUGAACCUCACCCAGUGAAGCCCACCUUUAUUGGGACCCAGGUUUUUGAAGACUAUAACCUACAAAAGCUAGUGGACUACAUUGACUGGAAACCUUUCUUCGAUGUCUGGCAGCUCCGUGGCAAGUACCCAAAUCGAGGCUUCCCCAAGAUAUUUAACGACAAAACAGUAGGUAAAGAAGCCAGGAAGGUAUAUGAUGAUGCUCAGAAUAUGCUGAACAUAUUGAUAAGUCAGAAGAAACUCCAGGCCAGGGGUGUGGUUGGAUUUUGGCCAGCACAGAGUGUUCAAGAUGAUAUCCACUUGUAUGCAGAGGGUGUGGUGCCCCAGGCUUCAGAGCCCAUAGCCACCUUCUAUGGGCUGCGGCAGCAGGCUGAAAAGGACUCUUCCAGCACAGACCCCUACCAUUGCCUCUCAGACUUCAUUGCUCCUCUGCAUUCUGGUGUCCAAGACUACUUGGGUCUGUUUGCUGUUGCCUGCUUUGGGGUUGAAGAACUGAGUAAGGCCUAUGAGGAUGAUGGCGAUGACUACAGCAGCAUCAUGGUGAAGGCAUUGGGAGACCGGCUGGCAGAGGCUUUUGCAGAGGAGCUCCAUGAGAGAGUUCGCCGAGAACUGUGGGCCUACUGUAGUAAUGAGCUGUUGGGUGUCACAGACUUGCGCAAACUCCGGUAUGAGGGCAUCCGGCCAGCUCCUGGUUACCCCAGCCAGCCUGACCAUACCGAGAAACUCACCAUGUGGAGACUGGCCAACAUUGAGCAGGCCACAGGCAUCAGGUUGACAGACUCCUUGGCAAUGACACCUGCUUCAGCAGUGUCGGGACUCUACUUCUCCAAUGUAAAGUCCAAAUAUUUUGCUGUGGGGAAAGUUUCGAAGGAUCAGAUUGAGGAUUAUGCUUUGAGGAAGAACAUGCCUGUGGCAGAGGUGGAGAGAUGGCUUGGCCCCAUUCUGGGAUAUGAUACAGACUGACUUCUUUCUCUCUCACACACUCCUUUUCUUCUUUUUCUUUAAAACCCUUAUAUUUGCUGACCUCAAGGGGAUACAAGCCAGAGUGC